CUUGCUGUAAGGAUCGCAAACUUUAAUACUAACCAGUAUAAAAGGCAUUAUUUUUAAAACUGCACUGAACAUUAGCAGACCAAGAUGACUAAAGUUAGCAUCUGUCUUCUGGUUGGAAUCGUCGCUAGUCUGUUUACAGCAACCAACGCGGCACCAAUAUUCUGGUUUCUUCCAUGGAACAGCUGGAUUCCUUCGAGUACAAGUAGUGGCAGCAGCAGCAACAGUGCUUCGGCUUCAACCGGUACCACCAGGAUGCCAGUGAAUGCCACCAUUGCGUUAGGUAACCGACGAAAUACCAGCGCCCUCGUUGACAUGGGAACGAACAUUGAUGGUCUCUCCAUCACCUCACGAGGUCGACGUUCCGUCCCUAGUGGUAACGAGUCCUACAUCCAGGUCGGAAACCAAGUGAUCAAAAUUCCUCCCGGCGGUGUAUCGAAUCUGACGAUUAACAUUGUCGACGGUGUACCGCACCUGGUUCCGGAGGUUCCCUUUUGGCCAGUACAUGCAGCGGAUGAAGGAUCCUCCUCAGCGGGAUUCGUUGGACGUAUAAGGAACUUUCUGGAUGAGCUCUUUAAACCGAAGUAACUGAAGGAAGCAGCUAUCUACGCGAGCAAAGCAGAUGUCUCUACCAAAAAGAGAAAAAUUACUUAGAACAUUCUGUUUUCAGUAAAAGAAAGUAAAAUUGCACUUGAUUGAAUAAAUUUGAAUCAUUCGAUGUAUACAAAUAAUACACCGUUACACGUU